UUCUUGUAAUAUACUAAUAUAUACAAUGUGUUAUUAUAUUUUAUUUCAAUUUAAUUCCUACACUUGUUGAAUAGUUUUGUAUUACUUGUUGUUUAAUUAAUUAAUUUCCAAUUCUAGUCAUAUACUCAUAUCUUUAAACUAUUGACUAUUUGUUCUUUAUUAUAAUUAUUUACGACAUUGAUGGUUUGCUUUUAAUAUUUUCACUUGUAUAGUCUUAUAAUUUUAUUUAUAUAAUGUUUUACUUUUAACAUGAAUUAUCAAAAUGGAUUGUAGACCUUGGUCAAGAGAAUCAAAAAAGAAGUGGAAAGACUCAACUAUUGAUCGAUUGAAAGCUAGUAAAACAGUAUGGCCUAUUCCUCAGAUAGAACAAGUUUUUUUACCAGAUUUUAAAAUUAAAUCCCAAAUAAAUGAAUAUUCAUUUAAGAGCUUGGAACUAAUUUGUAAUGGUGUUUUUGGCAAAGUCUACAAAGUUGAGAAAUUAAAUUCCAGUGGUGAUUUAUAUGCUAUGAAAAUAUUGGAAAAAUCAUCGGUUGUAUGUGAAAAUGGAGUACAACAAGUUAAGAAUGAAGUACAAAUUCAAUCAUUAUGUGGUCAUCAUCCAUUUAUUGUGAAUUGCCCAUUUUUUUGGCAAAAUAGGAAUCAAUUGUUCAUUGUUAGUGAGUAUGUUGGAGGCGGUGAAUUAUUGAAACUAUUACAAAAAUAUGGACCACUACCUGAAGAAUUAUGUCGUGUAUAUUUUGCUGAAUUAGUUAUUAUAAUAGAUUUUCUACAUAAUGCCGGAGUUAUAUACAGAGAUAUAAAACCAGAAAAUAUAUUAUUAGACGAUAAUGGGCAUCUUCAGUUGAUUGAUUUUGGUCUUUCUAAAUGGCUUCCACAAGGCUGUCAUACAUCUACUAUUUGUGGAACUACUCAGUAUAUGGCUCCAGAAGUCUUAGAGUCUGAACCAUAUUAUAGUCACGCUGUAGAUUGGUGGUCCGCUGGAGUUCUCUUAUUUCAAAUGCUUACAAAUCAGUAUCCUCCAAAGUCACACGACGAAAUCAAUAUCACGUUGGAAAAUGUUAGUAAAGGUGCCACUGAUAUGGUAUUAAAGCUGUUGGAAACAAAUCAGCACUACCGUCUAAAAUCUUUUCAUCAGAUUAAAAUCCAGCCGUUUUUUCAUAAUUUCAAUUUCUCAGACAUAACGCUAAAAAAGCAUAAACCAAACGAAUUAUUAAAAAAACUGCUCGAAGAAACAACAGGAAACAAUCAUGUGUUUUCUCACUUCGAAGAAUUUGAUGAUUAAUUUAAGUAUGUGAUAAAUAAAUAUAAUAAACAGUGUAUUAACUAUUAUAUAUUAUUAUCUAUUUGUUUAAGAAUUGU